AUUCCGGAAAAUAAGUCGGACUUCCUAACUCAAAACACUCUGCGUGUGCAUAUCAUAAACAAUUUGUAUAACCUUAUAAAUUAUACAUCGCAUAUAAUCCGUUAGUCCGAAAUUUGUUAAUUUGUAUAAGCGCGACACAAUAAUGAUUUACUAAAGGGAUGUGAAGUUUGUUCUGUAGGUCCAACGUGUGUUUUGUAGGUUGCUUGAACUUUCACCUCAGUUCACACAGCCACGCAGGAUCGUGUGGUUUUGACUGGACAUACAUGUUGUCCUAGUAACUAGUCUAUCUGUUGCAGCCUCAUGGAAACUUUCAUCAGCUUCACUAACCAGAGUCAAGGCAGGGAUCGCCUAUUCAGAGCAACCCAAUAUGCGUGCGCUUUGUUGAAAUACCUUCUGAGAAAUGAAGUGAAGAGGAAAGAUCUGGUGAAGAAGCUGCAAUUCCUGGAAUCUAAUAUGAGCUCAGGGCGGAAGCUAUUCAGGCUUGGGAACACGGUCAACUCGAUUCAUGCGGUCAAGAGCAAUCUUCAUAUUUCUGACCCCGUGCUGCGCUUUUGCCUUACUUUUGCUAACCUCAACCGUGCCUUGUACUUCAUCUGUGACAACAUACUCUGGGCCAGAAGUAUCGGGCUAAUACGAGAUAUCGACAAGGAGCGCUGGAGCUUGAACUCCACUCGCUUCUAUUUCCUGUCCUUGGUAAUGAAUCUCACCAGAGACGUCUAUGUGAUCAUUCAGCUUAUGGUGCAGAAGUCUCGGGACCGACACUACCAGCGAAAAAUCGACCAGCACCUCAAUGAAAGCCCGGAUGUGGCUUGCGUCAUAGUGCCUCAGCUUGACACGUUUCUCUUCCUUCUCCUCGAGAGCCUUAGAAAUGAGCCGUCUGUGGCUCUCGAUACAUUAAAAAAUGUUUGCGACAUUUUCAUUCCUCUUGACAAACUGGGCAUUUACCAGACAAAUGCAGGGGCUGUUGGCUUCUGUGGGCUUAUUUCCUCUCUUUUAGGCAUAUUGUCAGUUUUGAGGCCCAGCCUUAAAAUCAAGCCAUGAUUUAGGAAAAUGCUUUAGAGUAACACCCAAAAU